AUGGACUGCGCAAAGGGGACGGCGGUCGCUGGCCUCUACGACGACCUGAUGGUGGACAUCCUCUCGCGCGUGCCCGUCAAGGACGUCCGCCGGUCCAAGUGCGUGUCCAGACCCUGGCGCGACCUCAUCGCCGACCCCCUCCACCGCAAGAAGCUGCCCCAGACCCUGGAAGGCUUCUUCACCAGCCUGGCACUGAGCAUGACAGCUAUGGGCACUUAA